CUGAUUAACCAAUCACGAAACACCUGCUGGAAGUUGGGGAAAACAGCUCAAAUGUUAUGAAUCCGCACAGCGCGAUUUUAUCCAGCCGUAUAUGUGUUCUACAGAAGCGGGGUUGAGCGGAAGACCACCCAACCUGGCAACCCUGCCCAUGGCCCGCAGCUUGUUCUGGAACUUUCCGUAGCCCCGCCCACCUGCUCCACCGUGAUGCUGACCGGAGGCUGAGCUGCUCCGAGCAAAGUCUCCUCCGUAGACUCUGUCAUGUCUCUGUAAACGUCUCGGUGUUGUGCGAGUGAUGCGGGUAGGUGUUUUCUCUACUGUAUUCUGUUGAAAUGUGGUGAAGAGAGAGCUUCCUCAGCGUGUAGUAUCCAACACAGUGACUCCCUGUAGGACCCUAAUGGCAGAGUUUCUUGGCUCCUUGCCAAGGUCAGGAGCGGAUUCCCGCCUCAAGAUGACGGCAGCAUAUUUGUCUUGUAGUCAUAGUCAUAUUAUUAUGGUGCUGAAAACAAGUUCGCGCGGAAAGCAGCCGGUAGUUUCAUUGUUUGCCCCUCAGGUGUGUUUUAGAUCCAUAUUUUUAUUUCCUUGUAGCUGUUUCGACUUCAACCUGCAGGUGGCGGUGUUGCUCAUGUCAGCAGAUCUGCGCGCGCUCAUCGUGAUCAGCGUUGAAGUGUGAUGUGUGGAAAUGUUGGUGACGCUGGUGAAGAGGCCGGAAAUAAAGUUUGGUUCUGUUCUGGAGUGGAACAAUGAGUUUCACCUAUUUCCUCCAGAAUAAACAGCAGUUGGAGCAACAUGGUCCUCUCUGACCACAUCCAUGACUCUGGUGCUGUGACUCUCUGGACCUGCUGAAUGUUUGUCGUCGUCCAGAUCCAACAUCCAGGUGAUGGUGGUCAGACCUGUUCAUGAUCUACUCACGCUUCACGAUUUUUUAGAUAAGAAUUGAUAUCACGAUUCUCUGCCAUGAUUUUUUUCCCUCAUGAAAUACAUAGUUUAUUGCACACUUAAACCGUGACAAAACAAAGUUGCAUCACCAGGCAUAUGACGUUUGAGGUGCUGAUAAAGAUUUGUGGUAGGGAGGCUCCGAUCAGGGUUUUUGCUGCAGAUCAGGAUACUGUUCACAUGGAUUGACAAUGAAUUUGGAAUCAAAAUGAUGAGAUCUUCUCUGGCGAAGAUGUGAAAACAUGAACCAUUAAAUCAUUUUAAUUCAGAAAGGUUUUAUUUUUCCUCUUCUAGAAGGCAAAAAAAAAUCUUGCAGAAUGCAGCAACUAUCAUAUCAAAAGGACACAACUGUAAAACAUUUAAUUUGAUGUGAAACACAGGUGAAUCUCUAGCGACUGAGCUGUGUCCGUGAAAUAUUGACAGACUGUAGCUGGACUCAGAGACUCAGUUUCCACUCCAGUUUCUGGUGGCUGACAAACGCUGCACCUGACUCCAAAACGCAGAUGGAGCCGGUCGAUUCUGUCUCCAUGUAAACGACACCUGAGAAAGGCUGCUCAUCUAGUGAAAUUAAUGAUUAUCUGUUUGGCAAUUAGCUUAGCGUUCUGAAUGUCACGCUGGGACCGUCGGGUGUUGCUAAGCGUCAGCUGCAUCAGCAGCUGCUGAGGAACCAGCGCUCUCACUUUCAUGACCCCGGAACCCUCUCCAUGCUCCGUCCUUUUUUUCCUAACAUGUUCGUUUUGAGGCUGUUUGGGGAGCUGAUUCUCCUAACUAGUUCGCGGUUUGUCAUCCUUAUUCCUUCAGUUUCUAUCCUGUCUGCGACCGACCCAAUCACUACCGCGUUCGCGUCACCAGUGAAACACGUGACUAAAAGGCGCUUUGUCAUUGGUUGAAGGAGAAGUCAUGAGCAUUGUGGGAACUCAGAAGGUAGUGGUUCGCAGCGCCGCUAGGGAGCGUAAAACUCACAGGAAAGUGGCAUUUGUGAUGCAAAUCCAGUCCGUUUCUAAAUCAAAUGCGAAUCGAAAUUAAUUGAAAAUUAAAUCAGAAACAAUGGUGAAUCGAAAUUGCGAUUUAUCAUACAGGCCUAGUCACGACCAUCACAUUGUAUUGAUUUAUAUUUCCUACUGUGACUCACUCAAGGUCAGGUUCCAGCUCAAGGACUUCCUCCUGAGCCAAAGGUGGUUUGUAAACAGCUUUCAACUGUAUUGAGCUUCUAUUUGUGUGUACAAUGGACUGGUAAUGUUCUGUUGUUUAUGUUGUGUGGUUUCAGAAUAUUUGUUUUUGGCGGCCUCGCUGGUAAAAGAGUGUUAUUGCAAAUGGUUGGAAAACCGCGUUUCAGAAGCACAGAACUGGCUGGUGCUGCUGGAGUGAAUCAUUCAUGGCGAACUUUAGUCACACUUUGAGCGGCACUCUGAUGAGGACACGCCCAGAAUUCACCUGCAAACUGACUGGGAUGAAGACCCGCCCACUCUUGACCUGUGUCCUCCGAGAGUGGAUGAACUCAGCAGAAGGACUGAAGGAAGCAUGGGAGCAUGUUGGUGAGGAGUCCACAUCAGUGGAAGGAUGGGAGCCCCGCUACUGGCCUGCCUCUUCUUCACCUUCAGUCUCGCUGCAGCACAGAAGAGGGACUACACCCUGAAGCAGGAUGAGAUUAUAAUCCAGCCUCCAUCACUUGCCUUUGGUCGUCUGGAGAAGAUCUUUUGGAGACACAACGGCGAGAAAGUUGCUACAUUUGACAGUGGCAAACAACAUUUCUAUGGCUCCUAUGACGACAGAACCAUAGUGGACCAGUUUAGUGCAACACUCUGGAUCAGAGAAGUGCGGUUGGAGGACAGAGGAGAAUAUGAGCUGGAGGUUUGGGUCAAAGAUCAGAACCACCAGACUAAAAAAGAGUAUCAUCGUUGGGAGGUGACAGCUGAAGUGUCCAUCACCAGUGUUUCCUGUGAGAUGGAUGGUGACCACCAGGCAAAGCUGGUUUGCUCUGCUGAGUCCAGUCACCCUCAGCUACUGAACUAUGAGUGGAGCUUCAAUGGAACUAAACAUCGCGGCUCCAACCUGACGAUUGGUCUGGAGGAGGAACAUGACGAGACGGUGUUCACCUGUCGUGUCAGCAGCCCUCUGAGUGAAGACAAAGCUACUUUAGCAGCCAGGAAAUGUUACCCAGAAACUCCAGAGUCUGUGGUGCCGACUGUGGUCCCCAUCGUCGGCGUGUUGAUGGUGGCUGUGCUUCUGAUUGUGGGCCUGGUGGUCUGGAGGAGACAUAAAGCUCACCGUGCAAAAGCGAAGGAAGCUGAUGUGGAACUCCAGGCAGCAAACCAAAGUAGGGGUUCAUCUGAGGAAGAGAACCAGGCCAGAGAAGAACAUCCUCUCAUGAAGUGGCCCUCCGACUCUGUGGAUCAGGGAAGUCGUGCUGCAGAGUGUGGAGGACGACUGAAGAGGAGGCUGAAGGAGCAGUUCCACAGUGUGUCUGAGGGGGUCGCUAAAGCAGGAAACUCUGCCCCUCUGAAUCAGAUCUACACAGAGCUCUACAUCACUGAGGGGGGCACAGAGCAGGUCAACCAGGAGCACGAGGUCCGACAGAUCGAAGAAGCAACCAGGCAGCAGACCAGAGCAGGAACUACCAUCAGACCAGAAGACCUCUUUAAAGCCUCAGCUGACACAGAGCGACCAAUCAGGAGCCUGCUGACGAAGGGCGUGGCUGGCAUUGGGAAGACCCUCCUGACACAGAAGCUGACUCUGGACUGGGCUGAAGACAAAGCCCACCAGAACUUCCAGCUGGUGUUUCCUUUCACCUUCAGAGAGCUGAACCUGCUGAAAGAGAAGCAGUUGAGUUUGGUGGAACUUGUUCAUCACUUCUUUCCUGAAGCCAAAGACUCAGGACUCAGCAGCUUUGAAGAAGUCCAGGUUCUGUUCAUCUUGGACGGUCUGGACGAGUGUCGACUCCCUCUGGACUUCAACAGUCGGGUCCUGACAGCAGCUACAGAGUCCACCUCAGUAGACGUCCUGCUGACCAACCUCAUCAGGGGGAACCUGCUUCCCUCAGCUCAGCUCUGGAUCACCACACGACCUGCAGCAGCCAAUCAGAUCCCUCCUGAGUGUGUGGACAGGGUGACAGAGGUCAGAGGGUUCACUGACCUCCAGAAGGAGGAGUACUUCAUGAAGAGGUUCAGAGAUGAGCAGCAGAGCGCCAUCAUGUCUCACAUCAGGAGCUCACGAAGCCUCUACAUCAUGUGUCACAUCCCCAUCUUCUGCUGGAUCACUGCCACAGUUCUGGAGGACAUGUUGAAGAGCAGAGAGACCAGAGAGCUGCCCAAGACCCUGACUGAGAUGUACAUCCACUUCCUGGUGGUUCAGGCCAAAGUCAAGCAGCUCAAGUUCCAUGGAGGAGCUGGGACAGACGAGGUUUGGACUCCUGAGAGCAGGAAGAUGAUGGAGUCUCUGGGAAAACUGGCUUUUGAGCAGCUGCAGAGAGGAAACUUGAUCUUCUAUGAAUCAGACCUCACAGAGUGUGGCAUCGACAUCACAGCUGCUGCAGUUUACUCAGGAGUCUUCACACAGAUCUUCAGAGAGGAGAGAGGACUGUACCAGGACAAGGUCUUCUGCUUCGUCCACCUGAGUCUUCAGGAGUUUCUGGCUGCUCUUCAUGUCCACCUGAAGUUCUUCAACUCUGGAGUCAAUCUGCUAGGUUCAUUGCUAACAUCAACACUAUCAAGAAUCUUCAGAAAGAACUUCCAUCCAGAACAGUUCUACCAGAGAGCAAUAAAUGAAGCUGUAGAAAGUCCAAAUGGACAUCUGGACUUGUUCCUGCGCUUCCUCCUGGGUCUUUCUCUGCAGACCAACCAGAGGCUCCUUCCAGGUUUGUUGACCCAGACAGGAAGUAGCUCCUGGACCCAUCAGGACACAGCAGAGUUCAUCAGGAAGAAGAUCAGUGAGAAAGUGUCUCCAGAGAGAAUCAUCAAUCUGUUCCACUGUCUGAGUGAACUGAAGGUCACUUCUCUGGUGGAGGAGGUGAAUCAGCUGCUGAGAUCAGGAGCUCGAUCCACAGCUCAGCUGUCUCCUGCUCAGUGGUCCACCCUGGCCUUCAUCUUACUGUCCUCAGAGGAAGAUCUGGACGUGUUUGACCUGAAGAAAUACUCUGCUUCAGUGGAGGUUCUUGAGAGGCUGCUGCCAGUGGUCCAAGCUUCAAAAGAAGCUCGCCUGAUCGACUGUGGACUGUCAGAGAGAAGUGGUUCCCUUCUGUCCUCAGUCCUCAGCUCUCCGUCCUCUAGUCUGACACAACUGGACCUGAGUGAGAACAUGGACCUGAAGGAUGCAGGAGUGGAGCUGCUGUCUGCUGGACUGAAGAGUCCACACUGUCACCUGGAGACUCUCAGCCUGAGGAGGUGUGGACUGUCAGAGAGAAGUGGUUCCCUUCUGUCCUCAGUCCUCAGCUCUCCGUCCUCUAGUCUGACACAACUGGACCUGAGUGAGAACUGGGACCUGAAGGAUGCAGGAGUGGAGCUGCUGUCUGCUGGACUGAAGAGUCCACACUGUCACCUGGAGACUCUCAGCCUGAGCGACUGUGGACUGUCAGAGAGAAGUGGUUCCCUUCUGUCCUCAGUCCUCAGCUCUCCGUCCUCUAGUCUGACACAACUGGACCUGAGCUACAACAAGCUGAAGGAUGCAGGAGUGGAGCUGCUGUCUGCUGGACUGAAGAGUCCACACUGUCACCUGGAGACUCUCAGUCUGACACAACUGGACCUGAGUGGCAACAUCAACCUGAAGGAUGCAGGAGUGGAGCUGCUGUCUGCUGGACUGAAGAGUCCACACUGUCACCUGGAGACUCUCAGUCUGAUACAGUGUAGCAUCUCAGAGAGAGGCUGUGCUUCUCUGGCCUCAGCUCUGACCUCUAACCCCUCCCACCUGAGAGAGCUGGACCUGAGGAACAACCAUCCAGGAGGAGCAGGACUGGAGCAGCUGUCUGCUGGACUGGAGAGUCCAGACUGGAGGCUGGAGACUCUCAGGCUGUAACCUUGUGGACCACUGUGGUUAGAGAUCUGACCUGAAGAAGUGUGAACUGACUCCGAGUCUCAGCAGCCGCUGCCGUCAUCAUGGAGAGUUUCCAACUCUUCUGAGGCAGAGUCUCAGUGGAGAGCAGCACAGAGAAAGAGUCCUCAACAGCAGUCAGAGAAGAAGCCUCCACCCUCACAGAAGCUCUUCAUCUGUGGAAACGCUUCUGUCUUCAACGCCCCAAACAGCUCAGAUGUCCAGCUUUUGCUCUUGUUUUCCAUGAGUCCUUCAUGCCACUUCCUCUCUGAAGCCUUCAGUCGUGUCCAUGACUUGAACCCUGAUAUGAGCCCUUUGAUGUGGACACUUGAGGAGCCUGUGUUUUGGACACAUGGACUUUGUUCAUCACAUGUCACGGGCUGAAAUGAUCUUCCUCUGAAUGCAAACCGACAGAUGCUCAUGACUCAGUAGGAACAGGGCUGUUUGACUCACCAUGUGAUCUUCUUCUUCUCACCAAGGUAGUUCCAAACACAAGACCAUGUACCUGAACAAUGUCUUUUAGAAGUCAGCAGUGACUCAGUGAGAAGCUACGGAGAAAUGGUGUGAUGAGGUCACCAGCUGAGACCUCCAACCACGGCCUCCUGAUCUGGUGUGGGAAGAUCAACCUGCCAUUUGAUGUCUGCAGGUCUUUCAACAAGCUCUGUCACGGAUCACUUUGCCUCGUUUUGGACUCAACUCUUCCACAGUGAAAGAACCUGUUUUGGAUUUGCUGCACUGCAGGUAGAGAUGGAGGAACCUGCUUUAAAGUUCAGACGACUUCAGCUUGUGUGGAAAUGUUGGUGACGCUGGUGAAGAGGCCGGAAAUAAAGGUUGGUUCUGUUCUGGAGUGGAACAAUGAGUUUCACCUAUUUCCUCCAGGUAUUUUUAUUUUUCUCUGGCUGUUUCCACCUCACCCUGCAGAGAAGACACCGCUUCAUUCAUCUGUGAGGAGAAAAUCCAGUUACCUAACAAGUUAUAAAGGAUAUUUACAGUUUGGUGUCAACAGAUGUGUUUGGAGUGGUUUCUGUUGUGACGUCAAACAGCAGGCAGAAGGAAGGACCUGCGAUACUUCUCCUUCACAUGCUUUGGGUGGCUCAUCCUGUCACCCUCCUGCCCCCCACCUCUUCCUGAAGGUGGUGCUGUUGCUCAUGUUAUCUGCAGCUCUGGGGUUUAUUAUCAUGAGUCUCUCCCCACUGAGGGACGAGUCAAGGAUAUCUGUCUGUCUAUUGUUGAGAUGUAUGGAAAUGUUUGUGACACUGGUGUUGCUGAACCAGAUAUGAGGUGUCCACAGAGUAGGAAAAGAAGCCUGCACUCUGCAUAUUUGCUUGGACAGGUGAAAUGGCGACAUAAAUGAUGGACAUCAUCCCUGAGAUACAGAUCAUCAUUUCACCCAUCACUAGAAACUACUGCUCGCACUCUCAUCGACCCACAGGAAGCUGAUGAUGUCAGCAUGAAUGUUGACCUGUUUGAUGCCUUGGAUUCAUUCACAGUUGAAGCAGAGAACAGAAGCUGCUGAUGUUGGAGGUCUGAAGGUCAGCAGACAAGUCAAGGUCAGGGUUUGUUGAUCUCAUCGCCAUAGCAACGAUCAAAGCCCUGAGCAGGAUCACCUUCAAGAAUCAUGGAGCAACACGGAGCAGAUGAAAGCAGCUCAUGUGACCACGACUCAGCACUUCAGCUGGUAUAAAGUCCAGAGUGACGGUCAUUUGUGUUUCAGUCGUCAGUGAAAUGGAGAAGAUCAGAGUUGACCUGAAGAGAGAAGCCUUCUUCUGCUCCAUCUGUCAGGAUCUACUGAAGGAUCCAGUCGCUCUGCCUUGUGGACAGAGCUGUGUUGAAGCUUCCUGGGACAGAGGAGAUGAGAGGAACAUCUACCAGUGUCCUCAGUGCAGACAGUCCUUCAGCUCGAGGCCUCUCCUGCAGAAGAAUCAUGUUAUCAGAGUUAGUGGAGGAGCUGAAGAAGACUGGACUCCAAGCUGCUGGACCUGAAGAUGUGACCUGUGACUCCAGCACUGGGAGGAAGCAGAAUGCCUGUCUGGUGUCUCAGCCUCCUGGAGAAGAGCCGUCCUUCAGGAGACAGAAGCAGCUCCAGGAGACCUGCUCUCAACGUGAUGAGGAGAGGUAGAUGUUCUGUGGUACUGAUCAGCAGGUCAUCUAUCACCUCUGCACUGUGGACCAACACAAAGACCACCACAUUGUCUCGACCGCAGCAGAGAGAGGAGAGCGAGAGAAAGAGGUGGGUCAGAAGUCGAGGAAGGAUCCAGGAGAGAGAGGAGGAGCUGAAGCUGCUUCAGCAGGAGGAGGAGAACAUCAGAGAGACUGCUGAUAAAGCAGUGAUGGACUUCAGGAGCAGCUCCAGCAGGAGAUGAAUGAGCUGAAGAAGAAAGAUGCUGAGCUGCAGCAGCUGUCACACAGGGAUGCAGCUUCACGCUCAGUAGCCGGUGAACACGAUGCAUGCAGCCAUGUCACUCAGCAGAUGCCGACUCCACAGCUCCAUGGUCCCUCCAGAGGCCAGGAGCCAAGCACAGUUCCUCACAUACUCACGGGACGUCGCUCUGGAUCCAAACACUGCUCACUCAAGGCUGAAGUUGUCUGGCAGCAGAGUGACGUUCAUGGGAGAAAAGCACUCUCUUCCUCCUCAUCCAGACAGAUUCAGCUCAGGUCCUGAGUGGAGGGCCUCUGACGGGACCUUGUUACUGGGAGGUGGAGUGGAGCGGAGGAGUCUUUUCUGUGGGCGUGUACCUGGAUCACUCUGCAGCGUCUCUGAAACCAUGAGCCUCCUCCACAGAGUGCAGACCACCUUCACGCAGCCUCUCCAUGCUGGAGUCAGGGUCCAUGACACGUGUGAGUUCCUGAAGCUGAACUAGUCAACAGUGUGAGGAGGACGGCAGAUCACACUUCUGCUGCUGGGUGGAGGAGCAGAACCAAGCACCACCUCAGGCACUGAACACAAAUGAGAAGAGCCAAGUCACCAUCGAGGAGAAGGUCAAUCUGAGAGUGGACGAGGACCACGCUUCCGGACCAGAACUUUCCGAGGUAGAGGCGUGAUGCUGCCCCCAACAGGCUGAGGCUGUACCUGCAUGAAGGACUGUCCCAUGUCUGAGGAACAAAAUCUUCCCUGACAUGUUGGUAGGUAACUUUAUUGUGGUUUUGAGGUCUGAGGUUGAGGGUUAAGGAUUGGAAUUCACUCCAAGACCAGAGGAACCAGUGCAGUCUGCCCCUUUAGUCCCGCCCCCUUAGCAACCCAAGGUCUUCCGUGCGUGUGUGCUCUUCAACAUCACAGUGUUUGACUCUUAAAGGAGAAAAGACAAGAGACUCCAGUGGGAUUUUCAGCUUUAUCACAAGGUCAGAAACACACCGAGAUGAUGGAUCUGAACUCUCCACUCUGCUCCACCUUUACAACAACAGUCUUCUCCUGCUGCACUUUGAUGACUCAGCUCUUCUGCCAGUUGCUCAGGUCCAGUGUUCCCAGCUGCUCUGGGUCGGGCUGAGCAGCCGGGUGGUCUCUCUCUCUCUCUCUCUCUCUGACAGUUGCAGGGGGUGGUCAGUGGACUCAUGCUAAACAUGUGGCAACACAUUGUCUGCAGCAACAAACAGCAGCGGCGAGUGUUGUGCAGCGUUGUUCCAGUCAGAAGAGAGUCAUCGUCAGAAAGCUCUUGUGUUCUGAACCAGAUAAAGUCCGUCACGGAGGAGCUCACCUCACAUGAGCUUAUGUGCACACAGAACAAGGUGCGUGAGGACUGGACCAGGGACGGCAGCAAACUGACCUCCUCACUGGUCACAUGACUUGGUCCUCACAAACACGCCUGGACUGUUUUACCCAAGCUCAGUCACUGUGACUCAUGUUCAGGGAGUCAGAGCUUCAGACUUCAGUGGUCCAGACUCAGCACCAGCGCCGUUCCUCUCUUGACCCAGUGGUCCGGGGUCAAGGCUCCAGAUUUCAGAUCCACGGCUGCCACAAACAAGUCUGCGGCCGCCGACCCCGACCGCUGCGGGGAGGAGAAGCAGGGACACACGUAGACGCCUGCGACAGGAAGAUGAAGAAAGGAAGAUGUGCACAUGUUAGAAGUGCAAAAUUUAAAAUGAAAAAACAAAAACAGAAGAAAGAAAAAACAAAGAUAAAAUAUGGAAAAAGAGGAAGAUGACUAAGAAAACAAUUUAACUUCACUUUCAAGAACAACUGAAAACUUCUGUCUCUUUGGGCUCCUCCUUCUAUUUCUUCUUUGUCUUUUUUCUUUCUUCUUCUUUCUCUGUGGCCUCCUCCCUUCAGGGGUGAUCCUCCUCCUCCAUCUCCCCCUGUCCUCUGCUUCCUCUGCUCUCAAACCUCCUUCACCACCUCCAUCAAUCUCCUCUGUGGCCUUCCUCUCCACCUUCUGCCUGGCAGUUCCAACAUCUCAGCAUCUUCAUCUACCAAUGUUCUGGCUCUCUCUCUCUCUCUCUCUCUCUCCUCUGUACAUGUCCGUGUUCAAGAACAACUGAAAACAAAUGGUCAAAAUCCAGAAAAAAAUAGAUUCAAAGCACAAGACAGUAAAGAAGUGGAAGACGACCAAAGAGUAAAUCAUGAAACGGAACAAUAAAAUCAGCAAAUAAAAACAAACAAGUUAGAGUGGUGAGAAAAGAGGAAGGAGAACAAGGCAAAACUGGACGAAGAAACUCGGCAACAGAGUCAGAGAUGAGAAAAGCAGCGGAGGACGGCGCCCGGCUGCAGCGUCUGGAGCUCCGACUCACUCCUGGGGGUCUUCUUGCGGUUGUCCGAGGGUUUGAAGUGGACGCUGGGCAUCGGGCAGAACAUCUGCAUGGGCUGGGCCUCCACCAGAAAGGAGUUCUUCCUGUCCCACGCUGCCCCCUGCAGGAAGAGCCCGCGCACCAGCACGCCGUCCUGCUGAGGCACGGACAGCGGCGUCACACGACCCGGUCGCUGCGGGCCGACAUGGGACAGCACCGUCACCUGCGGCGGGUGGAGCAGGUGGCUGUCGUCCACGGUGGACACGGUGAACUCCCAGGAGAGCGAGUCCACGGGCUUCUGCUGGGAACAGAGAGUCUCAGCAGGCCAGUCCAGCUGCUCAACUUCCACCUGCGCCAGUCCUCACCUGGUGUUGUCGAGCGUACGACUGCAGCACGGCGGUCAGCAGCGCCUUCGGGGAGGUGAAGCCGGACAACCAGAGGAGCGCGGGCGGCCUGCUGGUCUGGACCCAGCGGGCCAGCUGCUCCACCCGCUGGCGCAGGUCUGAGGUCCACGCGGCCAGAGGCUUCAGUGACGGGUACGUCUGCAGAGACGCAAAGCACAGGUGGAGCACCAGAGUCACUCGUGCACCUCUGUUCACUCCACGGCUCAGCACAGUUUCUCUGUGUGUGUGUGUGUACCUUCCCCCACAGUGGUGGAACUUUGCCAUCGUGGACACAGUUGAAGAUCUCCUCCAAACCUGGUGACAUCACCUCCACUCCUGUGAUCCCGUUCUCCAGUUGCUCCAGAGACCACCUGACUCGCACACACACUUCUGUCUUGAUAUCCUUGUGGGGACAUUGUGAGGUUUCUCUCCUGGCCGUCACCCUUUCCCCGGCCUCUCCCCCUCCAGGACACAUGGCUCACCUGAAGCAGGACUCUGGACCAAACUGGAGCCCAGUUAGAAUGAACUACUUUGACAUCUAAGCCUUGUGAGGACAGGCCAGAAUGUUUGUAUUUCUAUCCCUGUAGGGACAUUGUGAAGUUUCUCAUUGCCAUAACACUUUCCCCAGCCUCUCUCUCUCACACACACACACACACACUCACACAGUCAGGAAGCUCCGCUCCAGCAGCGUCACUCACCUGACCGUCUCCAGCAGCUGGUUGUAUCUCUGGAUCUCCUGCAGCAGAACCACGUCCAGAGGACCGCGGUGCCCCUGCAGGACGGAGCUGUCGUGCUCGGUGACGGCUGACGGAAUGGUGGCGCGCAGCUCCGGCAGCAGCUCCAGCACCUGCACAGGCACACACACACACACACACGGGUCACGGCUGAGGCCCUUCAGGAGCCACGGAGGUCAUCUUGUGGCUCCACCUGCUGAGACAGAGGUCGCUCCACCCAGACUGUGACUCACCUUCAGCUCUCGCUCGGUUCUGCUUCCUGCUCGGCUGCCUGCAGGUGUGUGUCGGUCCCCACAGAGCAGCUGCAGGGACGUCAGGCUGCUGAGGAGCGCCCGGCUCUCCGCCAUCCGGCCGCUGAUCUGGGCGUUGGGGUGCUGCCCCAGCACCUCGGGCGACUCCGUGGGCGGCAGGGUGCUGAUGUGGUCCAGGUACGAGGACUGUGGCCCGUCACGGGGGGCGUAGUGGGGGGGCGAGAGCCUGUCAGUCAAGAGAGUCAGAGCGGUGAGACCAAACCACGCCUCCAUCCACCAAUCCAACCCAGCGUCUUACUUGUAGAGCGGCUGCUGGACGACGUCGUCGCGGAAACACUCAGCCGUGUACGUGUCCAGCAGGCGGCGGUCCCACUCCUCGGUCACGUGACCUCCGUAGGUGACACCGGCCACGAGGAGCCUGAGCGCCUCCCAGGGCGCCUCCUCGUGCUGGUCCAGGUACAGGCCCAGAAGACUGCGGCCGACCUGCAGCAGCGACGGGACUGGGCUCACCACAGGGUGUACAGAAGGCUCACGAGCACGAGUCUGUCGCCGGAAGAGCGCGUGGCUUAUUUGCACGUGAGGUUGCGUCCCUUUUUCCCCGCGUGUGUGGAGUUCGUGCUCGGCCACUGUUCACGCCUGUGCUGGUACUCAAGCGCUUCAGUAACGCUAGUGACCUGAGUCUUACUCAUGUGGAGCACGAUGUUGCGUGGAUGCACAUGUUUGGUGGCAGUGCGUGUGCGUGCGUGUGUCCCCGCAAUGUUCGCCGCCCAGUCCGAGUGGCGUGUAGUGCCAUGUCGGUCGCUAGGUGGCAACAUUGUGCUGUUUAUAAAUCUGUGUUACUCGUGUUUGUGUGUGGAUCUAGAAACGUCUGCAUCAUUGUUAACUAGUGUUAUUAACCUGUUCGUGCUUACUUUAUUACAGACUACAGAUGUUGAUGCUUCACUGAGUGCUGCGAUGAAAGAACACUGAAUCAGGACCAUCCUCCUCCCGUAGCCUGACCGAUACUCCACGACUUGAACUGCUGCAGCGCCUCAUUGAAUUCGGUGCAACCACUGCUGUUUAACAGCUCUCGGAGCAACGCCACACACCUCAAAGUCCGCGGGGGAGAAUCUGUAGCUGCGGUUCCAGCCCAGCUGCAGCAUCUGGCUCCUCUCCAGCAGCACGCUGUGGAAGAAGCUGAGGGAGAAGAGCAGCUUCCGGUAGACGUUGCUUCUGGAGCAGUGGGCCAACUCGGCCUGGGGCAGCUGCUGGUACAGGCACCUCAGGUUGGCCUUCACACCCUGGACACACAAGACGGCAUCAGAGGACUGUCGCUGAGACGGUGGCCGGGUGAGGGGGGGGUGACCUUGGGAGGCUCCCAGCUCAUCUUGACGCUGGCCUGCAGGAGCCUGAUGGGGAACUCCACGUGUGGAGAAGAACUGAGCCACAGCCUGAAGUCUGGGUGGGGCUCCUGCACCUCCAGCUGCUCCACCACUCUGUCCAGCUGGGGCAUCCAGGACAGCAACAGGUGGCAGUUGGCCAGAAAGAGCCAGUGACCUGCAGGUCAGAGGAGACGCUGACAUGAGGCCCGACUCUCAUGAUGAGCGGAGCCACACUGGCGGAGGAGGAUGACCACCGUUUCUCACUCCGUCCUCCAGCAGCCUCCCGGCGACCGGAGCCUGUCCUUGUCCCAGGGAGAGAGUGUGGAAGCGGCCACUCAUGCCGGAGAGCUCGGCCAGCUGCUGCAGCGGGCCCGCCGGGUCGGCUCCAGGGGACAGGAUGAAGAGGAGAGGAGAGCUGCUGCAGGACUCCACUGCCACCUGAGGAGCACCCAGAGAUUGGGUCAUCGUCCUCUCAAGAAAAAGCCCCUCACAGACACUCACGGCCUUCAGGUCCAGAACCGGAGGCUCCACGAAGCGGGCGCCGAGCGUGUUGGUGACGAAGGAGGCGACGCAGGAGGACACGCGGUCCUGACGCAGGCAGCGGACGAUCAACAUCUUCUGGAGGUGGCUACACUUGUUUUCCCAGGCGGCUGAGAGGAGCAGACGCAGAGACGUGUAAGGAGGAGCUUGAGACAGGCCGUCACCUCACCCUGACCUGGAAGCGGCGUGCUCUCGGGCUGGGCUCCGCUGAACCAAACGUGCCACUCGCGCCGGUCCAGCUCCAGCGAGGUCACCAUGCCGUGGAAGUUGGGAAGCUUGUCCAGCGCACAGAUAUGAUCCCAGCUGGAGUCCGGCAGCCAGUCGCUGCACGGGUUGUCCACCUGACCAUCCAGAACCUGAGGAGAUGAUCCACAGCUGGAGGUCUUUGUGAGGUUCUCAGCAGCUACAGAGCUUCUUACCUGACCACCUCCCAGGAAGAAGUUGUACUCCUCCCUGUUGAGUUUGCCAGACGCCUCCAGGAUUCUCACGCACAUCUGGAAGCUGAAGAGAAGCUUGUGGCACUGGAACAGAGUACGGCUCACAAACCUACAGGAAGACCAGCGGCUGUGACCAUCAUCUCAACACUUGAGUUCCUGGCUCCACUUCACUCACCUGUAGACAGCGUAUGUGUGGAAGCUGAUGAGGUUGGCGAGUCUCUCCUCCAGCUUCUGACUGCGGCCGCUCUUCUCCACACUCUGGACGAAGAGCUGGAUGUAGGUGUCCAGGGAGAACUGGUACAUGGGAUCCAGGAGGCUCAAGUCGCUCAGGAGGAAGAAGAGCAUGGAGGCUCGCCGGGCGCACGAGCGGUACUCCUGUCAGGGAUGCAGAAUCACGGUCAACGCCCCCGAACCACCCAACUCUCCUGCUCAGGUCUGACCUCUCGAGCCGAGUCGAUCUCCUUUGCAGUUCGCAGGCUGCUCUCCAGCUGCUCGCUGACCUCCGAGGCCGUUACUUUGGAGGUCUGGAGAGUCUCCACCAGCUGCUCCUCGUCCAGCAGCGAGCCGCUCGCCUCCUUCAGCAACCUGGAGGUGACGAACAUCUUCAGACACUCAAGCGACUCAGACGUUCCUCUACCAGAGUGGAGAUGUAACCUCUCUCCCUGGAUAAACCUUCUAUUCUGAGAAGCAGCAGCUCUACUCAGAGACUUUGAGGGUUGCUUCACCUCACUUCAAACACCUUCUAACUUGUGUGUUUCACUAAUCUUCCGUAUCUGUUGGUGCGCACAGGUGAUCAGUGAAGAGCCAUAGAUCUUUGUGGCCGCUCUUGCUCUUCAUUGACUGACCAAACAAGCCCCACUGUCCCCUCACUCCAGAACUAGACCCAGAAACUUUCCAUGUCUAACUCUGAACUGCUGGUCCUCAUCCUUGCUCCCUCAGAAGGACCUGUCUAGUUCUGGCCACGGGGGAGGCUGGUCGGAGACCUGAGGAACCAGCUGGAGCUUCACUGUCAGAAGAUGAUUCCUGCCUCAUGGACGCGUGAGAACCUUCUGGGGCUUGAUGAUGUUUGAGUGAAUGGAGACCUCACAGGUGCUGCCUCUCCAGUUCACCUCAGAAGGAAGUCAAGAGGGGUUUCCCCUCACUGCGUUUCCGUCUUCUCUCCAUGAGGAAGAAGAUUGGAGAGUCACAGAGGAAGAGGACUCACCUGAGGAUCUGGUCCUCCAGCUGCUGCAGGUUUCUCUGUCCGGAGGAAAUGCGGAUCACCAGCGAGUCUUUCUGCUCCUCCAGCUCAGGACGUUCUUUCCUCACCACGACCCCCAGAAGCUGAGCCUCCAGACCCUGUCAGCGCACACACAGCACCAGGUCACCAAUGAGACUUGAGUCGGUCGCUGCUCCAACACACACCUGCUCUUUGACAGCAAAGUUGACGAUGGUGGUCCUGCUGGAGGUCUCAGGGGCGUAAUGGGGGUUGGACAGGUUGGUGGCGAUGUAGAACCUGAACUCAGGGUGAAACUCCACGUCCUUGCCCGCCAGUCUCAGCAGCAGCCGCCCGCCUGAAGCACACACCCACACGGUUCAAACACUCCAUUGUGUCUUGCGUGACUCGUGUCGCGCGUCUGACCGAUCCGAGUCAGGGACUUGUUGAGGAGCGGCCAGAGCGACGGGUCCAGCUGCUCCUGAACGUUCUGGAGCAACACUGGAUUCCCAAACUGGAUGGCAUCCUGCAGAACUCCCAAGUAGUCUGGCACCUGGAGGUCCACCACCUUCAAACCCUGAUGAAGCAAGAACCAUGAGAGGAACAUCUCAGUUGUUUGUCAGCAGGAGAAAGCUGAAGGCUCAUGGUCCACCUCCAACAGAGCAGACGGUGUGAGGAGCUUCACACGAGGACUACAAUACUACUAAAGACACUAAUCACAGAACCUCUUUUCCAUCUUCCCCAAGAACUGACAGUGGUGAGGAAAGCUACCAGGAGCUCAGAAGACCUCGUCCAGGACGGCUCAACGUCACAGAGCAUCAGCAGGACCAAACUCGCCACACUUACUCUGCUCAUUUCCAUUCUCUUGAUCCACCUCACUGCUUGACCUUGAGGAUCCACCAUCAGAGGCCAUCUUGAGAACGACCAAACACACUUCAGUCACUUGCUCCUCAGACAUCACCACAUCCUGUCUCCCAGCUGACCUGCUCCCACGUGUGACGAUGAGCCCGUUCUCGGUGGAGAACGUGUCCGAGGGAAGACCCUGAGCGUUCCACUCCCUCACGGCAGCUGGCUCGGACAGGAAGUCGGCGAAAGUGAACCCCGGUGGAGAGCAGCUCGUCUCUGUAUCUGGACCGGAAAGGACCCAUGUAGGAGAGGCAGGAAGCGGCGAGUAGACAGUCUCCCAGCAGGAACCCCAGCUCCUCCUCCAGACCCUGGACACACUCCGGAGGUCACACAGAUCUUCCUGAGGUCCUACAGUGCAGAGGUCGUACCAGAACCCGUGGUCCAGCCAGAGUCUCAGCAGCUCCAGCGGCGGCCGGGAUCCGAACGCGUCUUUGGCCGGCACGUUGAGGUCGUCCAGGAAACACAGCAGCGGCUUCCCACCGGCUGGAACGAACACCCCUUUGGUUCUCUUCUCCAGGCGGCUCUCCACGACGGCCCGGAUGUUGUUGGAGGAGGUCUGGAGAGUCAGGAGGAGGUGGAACAUGAACCCCACGUGCAGACUUUCUGAACCAUGUUCAGCUUCACGGUAACAUUUAAGACGUGCACGACCAUCAGAAGGAGUUUUUGUUUUCCACACUGAUCUCAGACAGAGGUGUUCUGCUGGAUGGAGGCCCGGGGGCCAAUGCUGGACUGGCUCCAGAGACGAUGGCCCAGUCCCAUGUCUCGCCCUCAACACUAGCUUGGUUCGGAGCGGCUGGGACAGCGCUUCACUCACGUCACGCCUCAUUGGCUGCCGUGUUUUGUUUCCUGUGUAUGGAGAUGUUUUGGAAGCUCCAGCGUUUCUGCAACCUCGUGCAUCGGCGCUGAUCAUCUGACUUGGUUUGAUGAACCAACGGAGGAGAAAUGGGCGGAGCUUCGCCUGUUUUGAGGUGCGUCGACGCUAACGUUAGCCUGGAUGCUAGCUGACUGUUGUUUGCUAAGGAGGAAUAACAACACACAUUAACAGUGUGUUGUCGGACACGGUCGCCCCUUCAGGUCAGUGACAUGUGACACGAGGAGAAAGUCAACAAACUGAAGAGUUGUCCUCCUCACUCAACUGUCCCUGUUGUUUAUAAGUCGUGUUAUUCACGUCACACGUCGGGGUCCUGGGAAUCCAUCCGCACUUCAUCUCCCCACUCGGGUUCAAGUCAGCUCCGGAGCCUCGGUUUGAAGGGAUCAUGUCAAGAGAUGACGGCGAGUGCCCUCGGUCUCAGGAGUAUUGGGACACGCUACCCGAACCCAGUGUUAGGUGGAGACUUGGGACAGGUCCGAUGCCUCCCAGAAGAACCUGAACUUGCGCAGUGCUUUUUGCUGUGAAACCUUGGCAGAUAAGAAUGACUUGCUGGAUGAGUGACUAGAUCUGAGAUUCUAUAUUUCUAAAUGUAUUUUUACCAGUUUGUUCCGAAACCCGCCCACCCAAAAAACCCACGUGUACAACUGCACUUGAACACAACCUCAAAAAUGAAGAACUGAUUAAUAUCAUCAACCUGUUCGACACACCAAGACAGGAUGAGUUGCUUGCAGAGCGAUUUCCAAUUGAGAGUCGUUGUAAGAGGAGAGAAACUGACGGGCUGCCAUCACAACAAUCCCGCUCCCUCACGCUUCAGUGACAUGAAAAGUCUGGAUUCAACACAAGAAAGGAUGAAUCACCUGUGACGACAUGUUGAGAGUCAGGCUGCUCCACUCGGAUGACUCCAGCUCCUGCAGGACACUCUGGGCCACCAAAGUCUUCCCUGUUCCCACUGGACCGGUGAGCAGCACUGGGUACUGGGCCAGGACCAGAGACUUGACCAGGAAGCGGUAUCGAACCGUGUCGACGGUGGGAACCAUGAUCUUAUAGAAAGGAGCGCUGCAGAUGGAGCAGAGGUCACUGACCGGGACCGAUGGCACCAAGCGGACGGGCCACUCACCUGGCGCUGUAGCGCCAGCUCUUCGGCAGCUGCUCCUCGAACGACGUCCAGGUUCUGCUCUUGGUGUCAGCGUAGUACUCAUACACAGUGUCCUGUGGCAAAGGAGCAAAGAUGAAGCACACAAGAGUUCAGGGUACCACUAAUGUGAAGGGUCACUGAAUAUUCCUACAUUCAAACAGCAUCCGUCAAAACACCAGUGCGAUAUCUCUGUGUUUUAGCUGGUCUGGGUCGGAGUGAGCAGCCUGUUGGUCUCUCUCACCCUCUGCGACAGUCGCAGCCUGGAUUUGAGUGAGUGCCACGCUAGAAGGAAACUGAGCCUUCCAACUGAGCUUCUUUCUGGCUAAUACAUAGUUCCGCCUCAGUGACCCUGCAGCUGCGUGACCCGAGGAGCCCACACAACUACUGAACCACCGUCGCCGGGGCCCAGGUGCAACAGUUUAGCAGUUCAAUGACCGGUCGCCCUGUGUCCUUCAUCUCUCUGCCACACUUCCCUCAGAUCAUUCCGGCCACACCCGCUCACCUUGAUGGGGAACGUGCCGUCCAGCUCUCGCAGGAAGCUGUCCAUCCUCUUCCGUCCGUCUGCGUCCACGGACGCACAGACGGACCAGAUCAGACUGAAGGUGAACCACAGCUCGAUCAUGCAGCCAACGCUCUCAGGGCCAGACACCACCUCCUGGAGGGGAAGGGACCCACAUGAGUGGCGAAGACGCAGAGCGACAGCCCGACGAGGUUCUACAGGAGCAGCACAGUCACAGCCAGACUAAAGUUACCUCAUAGCUACAUGAGGCCAGAGAGUCGUAGAGUCGACAGAGGGAGGAGACGGCGCUGAGUUCGCUGACGGGGAUCGGCUCCCUGCAGUUCCUCCUCUUGAACUCCAACGUGCGACUCAGGAACUUGUCGAACAAACGCCUCAGGUGGGCCACUUCAUUCUGCGUGGAGAGAUGUGCACAUCAGCUCUCCAAGUCUGAAGAGCAAAAUUCCUCUUUUACAAUUCAAACAUGGAGGACAGGCAGAGCGUCUCCAGUCUGUGAACAAAGUGUUGAUCCAGUUUCCCAGCGCCCUCACACAUCAUGGAUGUAGAGCCACCAGACUGAGGUGGAGGGGGUUCAACAGGAAGGACAACAAUCUCACAAGACCUCAUGUCUCUUGUCCAGCCAGGAGUCGACGAGCGGCCUCCAUCCCAAGAGAGCGUUGUCGUGGUAGACCAUCCCACAGCGAGACACUGUAGCUGGAGACGCCGCCGCCAGGUUCUCCACCUCAAACAGCAGAGACACCUGCAACCACACACGUUACUGUCGUGACAAGAGCAAGUGGGCCACACUCAUCGCACCCGGUGAGGCCAGCAGCACGUGUCUCCCUCACUCAAAAUCCUCUUCAUUUGGCAGAUUUCGCACCAAAACACAAACAUGACCAUCAGUGUUCUCGCCUCGUGCUCAGCGUUUGGAAAGCUAGAAGGUUAGGUUAGGUUUCUAUGUCAAGCUGCCAUCUCUCUGGAGGCUUCUACUCGCACCUGCCACCAAAAUAUACACUGAAAGUAAACAGUAACAAGCAUCCAGCAUGUCUGUUCAAAACAGCCUUGAGGUGGAGCCACGACAUGUCAGGGGAUCCCUGAGGAACGCAAGGAAAAUAUCUGACAAAAAUACGACUUUCUUUAUUUCAUGAAUUUAGUGAUUUUAACGUGUUUCACUUGAUGAUUUUUUUAUUACAACAGACCGUCUGAGGGACGACCUGUUUCUUAGAAACAGCUAAAUGAAAGAACAGGUUUUGUCAAGAACCGGGGUGAACAUUUGAGCCUAAAUCCAUCGGAUGUUCUUCACAGACGACGAUUUAAAUGGGGGGAAGCAUGUUUGUCGACGGCGGAUCUUUGCACGUGAGGUCCAGGAGAAAACCCACUCACCUGUCCUGGCACUGAGAUUCUCUCUCCACUGAGGAGCGUCAGCACCUUGUUGUCGUCCAUCACGGAGUCCAUGCGCUCGACCCACAGCGGGUCCACCGGCCCGUCCAACACGAUCCACUUCUCCUCCGGCCCCUCGUCUACGAGAGAAAAGGGGCGGGUCAGACGGGCUGCUCUCUCUCUCCCAGACACCGAGCAGAUACUAGCUGGACGCUGAGUGACAGGGACCUGCACACGUGGACCUCAUGAUGGAAGACAGAACUCCAUCCCUCUUGUUCUCGCCGUACAGCUCGCCCAGGCUCAUGGACUUGGGGUUCAGAGGGAAAUGCUUUCGGGCCAUGAAGAAGAGGUUGUUACACAGACGUCCGCACACAGCACGUGUUGGACUCCCAGACUGACCUGGACCUGCUGGUACUCAGGAACCCCACGCUGGUGGAGCGAGCUGAGGGCCCGCUGCAGAGUCCUCCAGGUCACAGUCUUGCCACUGCCCGUCUCACCCACCAGCACGCAAGCGUGUCGACAUGUCUUGGUCUCGUAGAGUUGGAGGACUUUGGAGAUGGAGAAGGACGUCGCCUGGUAGCCGCUGUGACGGAGCUCCGCCUCCACGGCUUCCUCCAGCUGUGAGGGGCAGCGGAGAAUUUCAUUUCCAAACGUCUCGAUGAAUGAAGAUGCUGGUCUCCAGACCUCUCUGUGAGCUGUAGCCGCCGCGUCUACGGACGGGAACAAAUCCUGUAGGAGCCCGGUGAACACCGGCAGGUCAGCUGAGGUCAGCUGGGCCAGAUGCAUGUCUUUCACAGCCACCAGCAGGAUCUGCAGACACAACUUCCAUCUUCACUUAAGCGCAUGGGAUCAAGAAGCUGCUUUUGCUGUCCAAGUACUGGAACGCUUGAGGCCAUCAGAGGGCAAAUGACUCUGAUGAAGACUGCUCCGCCAGCAGGAGGCGCUGGACGCUAGCCACAGAAAACUGUGGCAGGAAACCAGAGUGCACAGACAUGAGGCACGUAAGUCGUUUUAGUAUCUAAUCUUGCCCUGAAAAGAUAAAUGUCUUCACUGUUGUUUUCUUUGAAGAUCAUUCUCCUGAUGAGGUGUUUUUCAUGAACACAAAAUCUGUCUCUUCACAUUUAACCCCAAUAUGUUGCUGUUUGAAGUCACAUUUUGAUGUUCAUGUCCUCAGAUGUCAGGGCUUCUCUGUACCUCCAUCGUUCUGUUCAUUCUUCAACCGUAUUACUUGCUCUGCUCCGACGUUUUCAUUUAACAGUCUGAAAACACAUAUGUGUGUGUGUAUAUUAUCGCCACCAUGUGACGUGUAGUACUAUGGCAUGAAAAUAAUUUCAUGUUACAUUCCACAUUCUAAAUCUGUCCAGUUUUUAGUGUUGGUAGUUUUGCCUAGAAGGACACUUGGCUAAAAACCUCAGGUAAACGCUCCCUCGGUACUUCAGGCAGGAAGAGAGCUUCCUGCUGACUCAGCAGCUCCCUGUCAGCCCAGCUCCUCCCACCGAGUUACCUCUUCUUCGUCCGAGACAUCGGGGCAGGCGCGGCGCUUGCUCCCGGCGUGCCGCAGCAAACAGCUGAGCGCUCGCAGGCCAAAGUCGUAGUGGGCCUGUCUGGAGAGCAGCUGGAGAGCCAGCGAGUGCAGGGUGGAGACCUUCUUCGCCAGGGUCUCAGACAGGAGCAGCAGAGAUCAAAGUCAACAUCCGUCCCGUUUUGGGGAGACAGUCUGCAGACUGGCUUCUACCUUACACUCCUUGAAGCCUUCCGCCAACAGCGUGACCUCAGCGAUGAGCGUGGAGUCUGGCAUCAACAUGGCGACGGGUCUGAACAUGGACUUGAGGUCAUCGGGAAGGUCAGCGUGAGCGGCGCAGCCUUGAAAACAAGCGGCAUGUUGUCCAUCUUUGCUCCGGGAGACGACCGUGGGAGUGACAGGUGUCCUACCGGGCUUCACAGUGAUGAAGACGCCACACGAGCCCACCAGGCGGAUGAGCCGCCCGCCAAACUGCAGCUGCUCCAGUCGAGAGGAGAGCGCCGACAGGACGGAGAGCACCUGCUGGGCCACCACCGACAGCACCUCCACCUUGAUCCGCUGGAACUCGUCGAAGCAGCCCCAGGCUCCGGUCUGGAAGCGUUGGUCCGAUUACACCGGUCAAGCACCAGAACUCUGCUGGUUUCUCACCUGCGCCAGGCCAGAGAACAAGCUCGCCAUGGCCCUGUAGUCCAGUCCUUCUGAGCAGUUCACCACCACCACGUGCAUCCCCAGAGCCUUCCCCAAAUCCUUCACCGUCUCCGUCUUCCCAGUGCCGGCCGGACCGGUCAGAGAGCCUCCUCGGUGCAGGUGCAGAGCGGUGGUCAGAGUCACGUAGCACCUGUAAACCAGCUGUGUGAGAGGUGGAGCGCCACGGUGACUCACCUGGUCAGCUGACCCACCUGUCGGUGAGCGGAGUCACGGCCAGUCUCCCAGAGUUCCCCUGGUACUCGUAACCGUAGCGGAACUGAGUGUGGGUUUGUCGAACUGUGCAGUCGUCUAGGUCCUGUUGUGAGAAGGUGCAGGUUGUGGAACACAGCGCCAUCAAACAAGACAGGAUUCCUCCAGCUCCUGAAGGCAUGGUCUGAGCCGUGCCUCGUGGCUUGGUACCUUCUCCCAGUAGAGCCGCAGCUGACUGAGCCACUCGAAGGCGUUGGCAUCCUUGCAGCUGACGCGGGCCAGUUGGUCGAUAACGUCCCGGGCGUGGACCUCCACGGUGACCAGAGCCACCAUCUUCAGACGGAGGACGCUGGAUAGAUCUCCACGGACCAUCUCCGAGUAGCGCUUAAGCAUGGACACCUGGGAGCAGGGUUCACAGGAGAUCGGCCUCUUGUCUAGUCUCUCCUCAAUCUCAAACCUGACUCACUUCAAGAAGCGAAUUGUUCGAAAUCCGAAUCGAUUUUUCCCAUUACAAUGAAUGGAAAAAGAACGAAUGCGCUCCAAGCCUUAAAAUAGUCUUUUGUAGGAGUGAAUGUCGAGUGUCUGCUGCAGGUGGCUGUUCCUCUAUGUGUGUGGCCGCUGCAUGUGGGAGGGGUUGCCGAGUGAGUGACGUCUCUCCAGAAGUGAAGAGGUGCCCGGUGCGUGUCCAGCUCUGAAUGUGCGCUUCUGUGCAGUUUGGUCAUAAACCAAGUCAUGCUCUGUCCCAGACUGGCCUCGUCCCUGUCCCAGCUCCAGCCCACAACAGGACAUCAAACCCUGGAGUGGGCGCUCGAGUUCUGGAUUUUUGUUCAAAAUCCAAAUAAAAAAAUCUCAAUUUUUUUUUUUCGAAUUCCGAUUUGUUCGAAGUCCGCGACGUUCGAAAACCAACGUACUGCCGUACUUUCUUUCUCGGCAGCGUCUUUUUAAGGACGUACUCAGAGGUCAGCAGUCAGCCAACUUUCCAGCAGCUCCAGCAACGAUAAAAACCCAGACAUUACCUGCUUCUCUUUCAUGGACUUGAGAGAGGACUUGUUGCCAAACUCCUUACAGUUGAGGAGAGCUUGAGUGACCUCACUGGUCCACUGGAUCUGACUGGCUGUGAUCAGCACCUGGAGAGGUCCAGACCAGGAGUGAACAACUUCAUCACAGAAUAGUGGAGCUCCUGAGAGGCAACCCACCUGGCCCGGCCAGUCGUUGAGCCACUUCUCCCUCUUCCCCUUCAUCAUCUUCAGAGCGUCCAGACAAUCCUUCAGACUGGUCUUCAGAGUGCGACGCAUCGUGGACUCCACGUCGCACAGCCACAGCUUCACGCACACCAGGAGACAGUGUCAACAGAGAACUCAGCCCACUCUUCCGUCUGAAAUGCAACUGCACCUCCACAGCUUUGUCCUGCUGCACGCUCUGGAUGAACUCCACCAUCUCCCCAUCUGCUGAGGCCAUGGAGGUCACUUCAUUCUUCAGACCCACCUGAAGGAAACCACACCGCCCUCAUUAUUCAUCUUCAUCCUCCUCCUCCAGUCCCACCUCACUCUUCUCUUCCUCUCCUUCAUGGCAGACAUUCUUGGUCUCUCCUCUCGCUCCACAACAGCAGUCCUCCCUAACUUGUCCUCGUGUCCCUCAGAUUGACUACUUUCUGAUCCUCUCCUCUCCAUCAGCGACCACUAAUGUCUGCUCUGACCUUGCAGUGGCCACCCUGCUGCAUACUCUUCUUCACCUCCUUCACCUCUGUCCAAUGAAGAGGCCUUCCAUCCUCCUCAGACUCAUGAGAAGAACCUGCCUUUUUCAUGUGCAGACUCCUGAUGUUGCUGAAGCACUUCUUCAGGUGUGGCUGCAUGGCCUCCGGGUUCUGGGACUGACCCAGGACCUCCAGCAAGUCCAUGCUGGACAAGAAGUAGAAUCGUGGGAAGAUCUGCCUCUUGGCUUCCAGGUACUGGUCCAGAGCUUUCUGGAUCUCCUCCAGCCUCACACUCAUCUCCGAGAGUUUUGCAGGCAAACCUUUGGGAGACAGUGGACACUGAGAUCAGUGAGAAGGUUCAGGAACAUGUCUCCACAAAUUAUUAGGAUUUGGGUUCCUAUUCUUUCACUAGCGUCUGUCACAAGGUCAAACACCGGGGUGUUCCACAGUACCAGGCUGAUGGGUUCCCCUCAAGGCGUUAUUCUCCCGUCGGAGUCGCUCCAUGACAGCUCUCCAACUGGAACUCACGUCUUCAAACUGCUCACACUCCCGAGGACGCUGCUCCUGGAUGUCCUCUCCUUGGAAAAUGUUCUGUACGGAGACACAACAUGAUGAGAUGUCAGAGUGAGGUGCGACCCUAGUGUCCGCACCUCCAGGUACAUCCACUGCCGCUGCACGGUGAGGAACAUCUCCACCACUUCCAUGGCGUGCGACAGCUGACGUUCCCGACGCUCCACUUCGUGCUCAAAGGCUUUGACGAAGCAGGACCCUCUCAUCGUGGACAGCACGACCUGGAUGUCCUCCAGAGCCUGCACCACCUCCUCUGACCCCCUGAAGAGGAUCGCGAUGAGUGACAACGACUCUCAGGAGGCAGGCGAAUGACGUGGCAGACCUGAGGUGGUAGUGGCCUCCAUCCUUGUACGGUGCAACAUCCAGAGAUGUUUCCUCCCACGUCUUUGAAAUCUCUUCCAAACCCUGAAGUUCAAAGCAAGUGGAGAAGUCCAACCAAGUCAGUGCCGGUUCUGACAUGGAAUGUUCUGAAGCAACAGACGGCAGACCUGCUCGAUGGACACCUCCUUGGUUGCCGCUUCAGAUAUCUCACUGAUCUUGUCUGCAGACUUGUCUAGGCCCAGAGAGAUGAUCUUCUCCAGGGUGAAGUCUGGACUGGUCUGGUCGAAGGAGCACUGCAGCUCGUCGCAGAUCUGCUUCCAGUGUCUGAAGAGAGAAGUGGACCACUGAACAUGAGGUUUUGCUGAAAUGUUUCCAGACAUCUAAGGAGGCCAUGUUCUUCUCCUUCUCUGCCCUACUUCCUUCACUUCUGUCCUUCCCUUCUCCAUUUCCACAGUGUGUUGACUAAACCAUCUCAGUUUCUAAUGAGCAGAUAUACAGGUUCAAUACCGAUCUCUCAUGGCCAGGUUCUUCAGGUUUACAAGGAGAGGAACCAGUCUCUUGAAGUGAUCCACCUUGUUCUUGGAAGAGUCCAGGAUGUCCCACCUCUUGUCCUGGAAACAGCCGAGUCACUCCUCUUUCAGGUGGCGUAGUUUGUGGAACAGAUCCUGAGCCGUUCUCUCCAUGGUCUCUGUCUGCAGCUCAGCGAACGGACGCAGCUUCCACCGCUCCCAGUGACAGCUCCACUCCCGAGUCACCUCCCACACCUGCUGCAGGGAGUCCAGGUCCUGGGAACACACAGGCAACCGCGAUGAAGAGUCUCCAGCUGACCUCGGUGUCCAGUGAUCUGCGUCAAGGCAGAGUCGGGGCUCAGGAGGCUGCUGAAGGGACCUGGACAGAGCUUUAGUCAGAAGACACUCUUGACUGAUCAGUCAAGUCACAACAACAUCAGGGCACCGCUGCUGUGGAACUCCUGCACGCAGCGCCACAUCACUGUCUGCCAGGACCUGCUGGAACCAAAGCCACUCUCUGGGCAGAGCCUCACGAAGCUCCUGCAGCUGUGCAGAGAAGGACAGCAUCUAAACAUCUUCUCACCGCAAGAAUGGAAUCCAGGAAGCUCACCGACGGUUCCAGAGGGACCUCGUACUUGUCCAAGACAGCGAACUGUUCGUGGACGACGGAAAUUUGAUGCUCUGUUUUCCCCAAAUCCCCCUGAAGGCUCUCCAGGAGCUUCAUGUUCUGGCUGAGCUCUUCAAGCGAGUUGGGGGCUUCUCUGAGUCUGGAGUCCCACACAGGAGCAAACGUGAAGACACUCAGCGGAGACAAGUCAGAGCGAUGACUGCGCCUCACCUCUCUGCGUGCGCGCGCAUGGCGGCGUGCAGCUCUCGCAGUGCUGCACCAAGGAGGACUUGAUGGGAGAGGUGUCCAGAGUGAUGAACCUGAUGUUGACCAGAGUCUCCUCCUGCUCCACACUGUUGGCGUUUUCCGUGUACCUGAAGAACACACACACCGACCACACAACCCCCUCGCUGAUGAGUCCAGAGUCACACGGCACAUGAUCCUGACCAACCAGGUUCAAAGGUCAUCGCCACUUCUUUCCAGACAAACCCACUCCAACAACUACUACGGUGGCUGAGAAGCGCAAAACGCAUUUACAACCUUUUGAAACAAAUUUUUUCCUGAGUUUGUAAGUCUGGUCAGUGUACAGAAGUUGGGAUGACCUUUGACCUUCCCAAGUCAGGACCGUCGAGUUAAGUGUUGCACAUGAGCAGGCAGUCGCCUAGUGAUGAUGUCACGAUGCUGUUUGACACUGAGGCAGUGGUACCUGUGGAUGUCUGACACGAAGGUGGUGACCGGCUGGUUGAACCUCUGGUAGCGUUGAAUGAAGGAAUCCUUGUUGAUCAUCCAGAUGUUGCGGUAUUUGCUCCAGGUCUCCAAAUAAUCCUUCAUGUCGCUGCACGCGGCCGACAUCCCUGCAGACACAGCCGUCUGGAUCCUCCUGAUCUCCUGGUCCUGCUCUGGAGAACAAGACCAGACACAGUGUCGCCCCCUGCAUGCGCCGCGCAGAGAUGUAUUCAUUACCGAUGCGGAUGUGAACGGGAGCGAACUGAGAGCGUGCGCCACCGAGCAGCUCGGGCAGUCGCCUGAAUCCAGACACGCUGUGGAUGAGCUGCGGCAGGAGGUUGACAACGUGAGCCAGCUUUUCUGGCGCUGGGGAGAAUUCCACCUGUCAGAGGAGACAGCAGGUGUUGACAUCAACACAGGAGUUUGGACCGGACCACCCGGUACCUUGGGGCUGUUGUGGGCGGGCGACUGUCGCAGCGUGACCUGGACUUUGAACAGAGGGUUGGGCAAAGUCUUGCCCUCCCCGUUGAUGGCCACGGAGAGACGCUGCAUGGAGCGCAGAACAUUUGUUCUCACAGCUUCCUCCACCAUGUGAUCCACCUUCUCUGUGAAGGACACCCACUGAUCCUGGACCUGGAACACACACAAGGCUCCUCGUUUGAUACCUGAGCGUGAGCCACCACAGACACUUCUUCUUGUUCCAACCUCGGGUCCAUCGUUACUGAAGGUUUCGUGGAUGUGGCUCAUGAUUUCCACCACCUCCUGGUGAGCUGAGCGCAGAGACUGUACUUGACUCAGCUGGUGAGUCUUCUGAUCCUCCUCAAAAUCCAGAUUCCUGACAGGCAACACAAGGUCAAACCUGAGUGUCAGCCACAGGCGGCGGCUGCAGCCCUCAGUGCUGCAUCACCUGUACACCGUCUUGCCGUCCAGCCUGAGCAGCAGGGUUUCACUCAGCCGACGACAGAGACCCGAGAUGGUUUGGACCGACGCCUUGAACCAGUCGACAGUCAGCUGGACCUGCAAGGGACGGAGAAGACGUCAGCCCUCUGAGCGUCUGAGGGCAGGGAGGAGAAGCACAAGGAGACCCUGUGGAUGUGCAGCAGACAGUCCCGGACGAAGGCGCCCGACGAUUCUUUGGUCAACCAGUGGGCCGAGAGGGAGACCAGAGGAGCGUGCAAACUGGCCAUGAAGCGGAGCAGACUGUGGGUGGGGUCGCCCCUCACCGUGCCGAACUGCACCGCCGCCUCGAAGGUCUCCGGGGUGAUGAUGGCGCCAGGUUCGCGAAUGAAAUACACCAAAUGCUCCGCCACCUGUGAGACACAGCGGAAGGUUGUGGACCACGGCACCGGCCUCAUCUCAGGAGCUGGGGGCGCACCUGCACAGGAAUGGUGAACUCCACUCGCAGCUUCAUGUGGACGUCCAGGACUCUUCAGUGACGCCAGGAAUGGACACGCAGCGGAUGAACAGCUUCACCGGCGAAGACACCAAGGGUUAGCAGGUGCUCGUGCCACGCCUUCUCAUGGUCUUACCCCUCGAGUUGACUUCAGGUGAUCGUUGUUGUCCAUUUUUGGCAGAAGCUCCCUGGAGCACCUGCAGCAGAGAGCGGACUCGGACACUUUG